AAGUCUCCUAUGACAUCUUGUCAUAAUGUCUGUCAAUAUUUGACAGUUAACAGCUGAUAAAUUAUUCAAAAUAAAACUCCCAUUUCCAAGUUGCUGUUUUCCAUUAUUUUUAUUGUUGAAAAAAAUACUUUAUUAUGCUUGUCUUGGUGUUAGGAGACCUGCACAUUCCACACAGAUGCAGCAGUUUACCCGCUAAAUUCAAAAAGUUACUGGUUCCCGGCCGAAUUCAGCACAUUUUAUGUACCGGAAACUUAUGUACCAAAGAGUCUUACGAUUACUUGAAAACUUUAGCUUCUGACGUACAUGUGGUCCGGGGAGACUUUGAUGAUAAUUUAAACUAUCCAGAACAAAAAGUGGUUACAGUGGGUCAGUUUAGAAUUGGUUUGUCACAUGGGCACCAAGUGGUGCCUUGGGGAGACCCUGAAGCUUUAGCUCUUAUUCAGCGACAGUUGGAUGUGGAUAUUCUGAUCUCAGGGCAUACUCAUAAAUUUGAGGCCUACGAGCAUGAAAACAAGUUUUACAUUAAUCCAGGUAGUGCCACAGGAAGUUAUAAUGCCUUAGACACGUCAAUAACUCCAUCUUUUGUGCUAAUGGAUAUUCAAAACACUACAGUGGUAACAUAUGUUUACCAGUUGGUAGGAGAUGAUGUCAAGGUGGAAAGGAUAGAAUAUAAGAAAAACUAAUUUAUUGCAUUUCUAUUGAACUUUAUUAAAAUAAGCAUUCAUAUUAUAGUUAGGCAUUUUAAUAAAACAUAAUAUAAUAAAUUGAAUUUAUUGUAAUUUAAAUUAAAUAUUAUUUCUCGAAAAUAUAAAAUAAGGAACACAACAAACAA